UAAUCUGCGUGCAAUGUCUCGUCGCCGGUUCCUGGACCCGAACAGACUGUGCAGGCCUGUGUAUCAGGGAGCACUGUUGAAGGGAAGUGCGUUUUGGGGAAGGUGGAAAGAAGCUCUGGCUUCACCUGCCUGGGUGAAGCUGUUCCAGCCGGGGAAGGUGUUAGGCCAAGGCCUGAGGAAGCCCCCAGUGUAGCAGCCGCCCUGCUACACCCCCUAGUGGAGGGUGCUGUCAUCUAGUGCCGCUGCUGCUGCCUCAGCUCCGGGUUGGGGGAGAGGAAAGGGCCGUGGAGAAAUCGGAGUGCUCUGAAUCCAAUCCCCGUGGGGACCUUCUAAACAUCCUUUAUUACUGGAAACGUUAUUUUCGACAAAAUGAAUUUAGCAUCUGAAUUGAAACCAGCAUUCGCGUGACUCCGAUUCCCUGGCCGCAGCUCCUGAAGCGUGCGAUCUGAGGAGUGCAGGGUCUUCUGCGAUGACAAUAUGACUAAUAGCAAAGGAAGGUCCGUUGCUAAUCAAACGAGCGGUGGUCCGAGCAGCGGAGGAGGCUUUGUCGGCUGGACUUUAAGCUUAGACCCAGUGCAGUCCGAUAAGUUUUUAAACUCUCUGUUGAGAAUGGUUCCAGUAAUUUACCAGAAAAACCAGGACGACAGGCACAAGAAAGCAAACGGCAUUUGGCAGGAUGGACCAUCUACGGCAGUGCAGACUUUCAGCACGAGGUCCGAGCAACACAUGGAGUAUCACAGCUUCUCAGAGCAGAACUUCCAUGGCCACAGUGGGCACCCGCCCUCGGGCGGCGGCCAGACGUACGACGACUACGCCAACUACAACUACUGCGACGGGGAGGAGGCCUCAGAAACUUCUGCCAUGUUACAGGCUGAAGAUGUGUCGAGUGACGGGGACGAGGACAUCAUCGUGGAGGCCAGCCAAAAGGCCCCGAAGGAGUCCAGCGGCGUGAUGGCCCUGCAGAUCCUUGUGCCAUUUCUGCUGGCUGGUUUUGGAACAGUUUCUGCUGGCAUGGUUUUGGAUGUGGUCCAGCACUGGGAGGUGUUCAAAAAAGUAACAGAAGUUUUCAUUUUAGUCCCUGCACUACUUGGUCUCAAAGGGAACUUGGAAAUGACAUUGGCAUCUAGACUAUCCACUGCAGUAAAUAUCGGGAAGAUGGAUUCACCCAUCGAAAAGUGGAAUCUAAUAAUUGGCAACUUGGCUUUAAAACAAGUUCAAGCAACCGUAGUUGGGUUUCUAGCGGCUGUGGCGGCAGUUAUCCUGGGCUGGAUUCCAGAGGGCAAGUACCACCUUGAUCAUUCCAUACUUCUGUGCUCCAGCAGCGUAGCCACUGCCUUCAUCGCAUCCCUGCUGCAGGGGAUAAUAAUGGUUGGUGUGAUCGUUGGUUCAAAGAAGACUGGCAUCAAUCCCGAUAAUGUUGCUACACCCAUUGCCGCCAGUUUUGGCGACCUUAUAACACUUGCCAUAUUAGCUUGGAUAAGUCAGGGUUUGUACUCCUGCCUUGAGACCUAUUACUACGUCUCCCCACUAGUUGGCAUCUUUUUCUUGGCUCUCACUCCUAUCUGGAUUGUAGUAGCGGCCAAGCAUCCAGCCACAAGGACCGUUCUGCACUGGGGCUGGGAGCCGGUCAUAACUGCCAUGGUAGUAAGUAGCCUUGGAGGCCUUAUUCUGGACACAACUGUGUCUGAUCCAAACUUGGUUGGGAUCGUUGUGUACACACCAGUUAUUAAUGGCAUCGGUGGUAAUUUGGUGGCCAUUCAGGCCAGCAGGAUUUCUACCUACCUCCAUUUACACAGCGUUCCAGGAGAACUGCCCGAGGAGCCCAAAGGCUGUUACUGCCCCUUUAGAACGUUUUUCGGUCCAGGAGUAAAUAAUAAAUCUGCUCAAGUUCUGCUGCUUUUAGUGAUCCCUGGACAUUUAAUCUUCCUCUACACGAUUCAUUUGAUGAAAAGUGGCCACACCUCUCUCACUGUGAUCUUCGUGGUUGUGUACUUGUUCGCUGCUCUGUUACAGGUGUUUACCUUGCUGUGGAUCGCUGACUGGAUGGUCCAUCACUUCUGGAGGAAAGGAAAGGACCCGGACAGUUUCUCCAUCCCCUACCUGACCGCCCUGGGCGAUCUGCUCGGAACAGCGUUGUUAGCCUUAAGUUUUCAUUUUCUCUGGCUCAUCGGAGAUCGUGAUGGAGAUGUUGGGGACUAAUAUGUCCUACAGACUGCUUUCAAGUUACCAAGAAGGAAAACACAAGAUAAUCACCCAUGGCUCUUUCUCAAAAAUUUUAAAUUAGUAGCUUGACCUCUGCCAGGGUCCGCUCUAGUCGGCCCCGACUCAACUACAUGGCCUUAACGUUUUUAAAAGGACUUGGUGUUGAAACCAGAAUGAACAGUAUUUAUGCUGCUUUUCAUAGAAGAAAUGAUCAUUUCACAUAGACAUAGAUACGAGCUCAAGCUCUGAAAUUAAUUAAAUAGGAAAGAAUAUAGGGUGUUUACAAUGAAUAAUUUUAAAACCACAGACAUAGCAGAAAUGUACUUGAUUAUUGUUUAACUUACAAUGCCAGCUUAGAGGAGAAUUCUAGUUUAGCGUGUCUUGUCUCACAGAUGUGUGGUGCCACAAAGCAUACCAUAAAAUGAAAGGGGCCCAACCGAGCUUUUAAUAGUGUAAACUAUACCCACCUCUACCAGCUGAGGAUAAAUUUGCCAAUCACUCGCUCCUAACAUGACCUAAAUAUGUUCAGCUGAGCAUAAGAUAAAUUCACUUCUACCUGCUUCUGUGGAUUUCCAUGUGCCAAUGCUAAUUUAAUUUCACCUUUGCGAGUUCUUGGCAGGCUGCCCUUGCAACACAGAAUGACCUUGAGCAAUCUGUAAUGAAAACAGUGGGUCAUUUCUGAUCAUUGAUUUGUUGGAAGAAUGUCGAUCUUUUUCAGAAGAUUUAGAGGUUAAAUACAGAAGGUAACCCAAGCUGCGUUUGUAGAGACAAACUGUGUGAAAAAUUGUGUGUGGGACAGAGAAGGACGCUUUUGGUGGAGAACUGAAUCUGGGCCUGUGGAGAGCAAAGGCCACAGUGCUAUCAGAAUAUUAGCAUUAUAUAGAUAUUCUUAAACACGUUUUUUGAUAUACUUUUGUCAUUUGGUCAAAAAAUGUUGUCACGGCCCAGAAUUUAAUAUUCCUUACCUACAUUAUAAUAGUUUCCUUUCAUUAAAAAGAACUGUGCCAUUUAAUUAGCUUACGUUUUAGAAUGGACAAGUGAUUCAUUUGCUCUUCUAAAGAAGUCUGUCGGGACUGUUAGGUGUCCCGUCUUGUAAGAGAAGUUGGUCAGUCGCUCAUGUCUGUACACAUCCUCAGUUUGCACAGGCUUUGUUCUACAAUCCUAUACACUGCUAUGUCUCAAAUAUUUUUCUAAAACUCUGAUCUAUAUUCCAAAUACUUGACCAACAUCCUUGUUAUUCAAUAUGUAAGCAUUUUUAUAUAGUUCAUUUUUAAAAAAUUCAGUGGAAUCUCUUAAGACCAUUAGAUAUAUAAUAAUUUAAUCAAUAAGGGAAGAAAAAUGUACAUUAACUUCAGUCAUCAUGGCUGAAAUUAUUUGUCUUUGUUAAUGUGAUAUAAACAGUAGGUUGUUUAUACACAUGCUGGGGGAGGUCUUGUUGAACUCUACAAGAAGGGGACUGUGGUUUAGAGUUAUAUAUAUUUUUGCUUAUUUUAAAACUUUAAUUAUUCCAUUCUUCUGCCUUUUAAUGAAGCUUCUAAGGCAGAGAGCUGAAUGAAUUGUAGAAUUUCUCCUUUGGAGAAUUAUAAUGUCACAUAGUGAACAUUCUUAUAAAAGAAAGAAUGAUUAAGUUACACUGAUGAAUAUUUAUCUGCAAAGAUUUCUUUUUAUUUAAAAAAAUCCAGAAAUAAUUUAUUUUAUUUUAUUGUAAAGAAUUUGUAAAUUGCUUGUUUACAUUUGGGCUGUAUGAUUCAUAAGCAUUUCUAUUUCCUGAUGACUUCUAUUUGAUUUUUCACAUAAAAUAGUGCGCAGCAGACCACAUUUUUUCCUUGCAAACCACAUUUUCUUAAAGCAUUUAUCAACCACUUUAAUCCAGUGCAUUAUGUAAUUUAAAACACAUUCAAAUACACGGUAUUAUUUAGUACUCACAAUAGCACCUGUGAAUUAGGUCAGUAGGUAUUUCUUUCCCUGCAUUACAGCAAAAGGAACAAACUCAGAGAAGUUACAUUUUACAGGCGGCACAGCUGCAAAGUAACCGAACUGUGGCUAAAGACCGUGUGUCCCAUCUCCUGAGCCGAUCUCUUUCUGUGACCCUCCAAAUGCACCAGGCACACACAACUCACCGAGAGAGAGUAGAGGGAGAGACAGGAUUGUCUGAAGUAGAGUAUUGCUGCUGCUUACAGACUUCAGACAGGGAAAAACCCCAUUUAAUAUAUCUCGAUGAUAAGCAUAGCCAACUGUGAAUUACUCACAUUCAUAAGACCCAGGAGAACACAGAAAAAUGGAUAUGUUAGAAUAACGAACAAUGCCUUAUUUCAUAGAACAUUUCAUUGCCACCUGCCUUCCCAGAUCUAGCCAUUUUCCAUAGAUGCUGAAAAAUAACUAGGAUGACUGAUCUGAGUUCUGUCUCUUUUCCAUUUUGCUACCCAAUUGAGGUUACAGCAACGAAAUGUUUAAAACUCAUGUAAUAGAAAAAAAGAAAGACAUGGAAAAAUCGGUCAUUGAUUAACUGGAUUAAUUUUAUAAGAGGGAUGUAGCUUCCUCUAAAAAACAUUUACUGUUUUUUUUUAAACCUUUAUAUAAGUGUGCAAAUGAUAGAUGACUUCUUUUAUUUACCCACAAAAAUUAUUUCUUAUCAGUCUUAAAUAAUGUAAAUUCACAGCAUUUAUUUUUAUACAGUAUAAAAACUCCUGCUUUCCAAACUUCAUCCUUCACUGACAUACCAGACACUCUACCUGCAGAUAAUUUUUUCAAAAACGUAUUUUUCAUUUUUGGCCAUCAACUAUUUUUUUUUCUUCAAAAAAAAUAAAGCUUCUUAGCUCAUGAUAAAAUGGGAACUUAGAGUAAUGUAUCUGCUUAAAGACAUCCAAAAUUCCACAUCAUAGCCCAUCAGUGAUGUUACCAAAGGAAGUACAUUCUUAAAAGUCAGUAUUGGGGCUUUCUCGUUGUAUAUCUGUGGUGUGGUCUACCCAUUUCUAAUGGGCAUCCUUCAUCCUCGAAUUGUUGUAAACGCAAACGAGAAUAAAAUCGCAGCAAUGUUUACCCA